GCGCGGUGAUUCAAACGCGAUGGCGGCUGCGGCCGCUCUGGGCUGAGGGGGAGCGAUCCCCGCCCGGCCCCUCGCCCGCCCGCCGCUGCCUCGGCACGAUGUCCUCGGAAGGGAACGGCACGGCGGCGGCCGGACAAACGCCUACAGCUAAGCGGAAAGGAGGAAGAAUCGUGCAGUCUCGCUACCUGCAGUUCGAUAAGAAGCAGAGCCAGAAGGUGCCGACAGUGCCGAGCUCAGGCGUCUCUCAGCGGAAAGCAGUAAAGAAUGCUUCGUCGAGUUCCUCGUCAUCAAAUAGUUCUCUGCCAUCUUCUAGAAUUAAAGCAAGAUCGUUUGUCUCUCAGAAACACGAGACUUCUGCUAGCGUGGACCUCAGCUCAUUGAAUCAGGCUGCUUUUGAGAAGGGUGACUUGCAGUCCACUUUAUUAGAUGAAGAGAAAAUGAAGCUACCAGACCUUGAUAUUUCUGCUAUUAAAGAACCUGGUGGUCUGUUGACCCACCCUAUAGACCUCAACAGAAGAGCAGCACAUGGACUUUGUUUUUGUGAUACAGAUAAUAAAAGUGACUCCAAGAAGAGUUCUUAUUCAGAAUCUGCUUCAGAAGAAGAUUCAGAGACACAGGAAAUAACUCAAGAGUCUGAUGAGGAAAGUGAUUCUUGUGAUCUGACGGCAGAGCUGGAAUCUGAGACACUACUUUUAACUUUCCUAAGAAUAAAGACAGAAAAAAGGGUUGCCAAGAUGGAGGAAAAAGCUGAAAAAAACUUGCUAAAGUUGUGUGAAGAGAAGCGGAGACAACAGGAGAAGCUCUGGGAGCUGAGACGUGAAAUUCUGCUCGAGGAGAGAGAGCAGAAGCUCAAUGAAACUUUAGACAAACAGAUAGAAGUGCUGUCUCCCCUCGUUGCUGUCUGUGAACAGUUUAAAGAGCAGUACAAAAGCUUUGCAGCUUCCCUGGAUGCUACGAGGCACGAAUUGCCCAUAAAGAGCAUUCACAUAGAAGGAGAUAAGCAAACCUACCUUGAUGAACUGGGAAAGCAAUUAAUGAUCACACAGGAGCUUCUGACAGAAGUUAUGCCAAACCACUCAGAGGAUAGUGCAAAAGCACUUGGUGCACUGAAGGAGAUUCAAGAAGUGUCUCAGCAACUGAGUAAAGGGCUUCAAAGGAGCCUCACAGAUGUGCAGAACCUGUCCUUUGAAGCCAGUAAAGAAGUUUCUCUGCAUAACCAAUAUGUGUGUGAAGAGAAGCAUGGAGUAGAUGUUGUGAAACGCUGGUAUUUCAACUGAUUUUUCUGUAUUGUUUUACUACUGGGUAGGUACUAACUCAAAGCCAGCAGACUUCUUAUCCUUUUACUUCUGAUGUGGACAUACAGCUUGCCCAGUUUUUCAGUGAAGCCAGCAGCAGGGCUGCUCACUGAUACAGGAAUUGGAGAGUUGCUCUGCAGUCUGUCCCACAGGGAGACAGCGCCGCUCGCUUUUCAUGGGGAUUUCUGUGACAGGUUUUCCAUUCCUUUCUGCCCUGACAGUGCUGAAAGGUGAAUGAUAAAAAGUGCUAUUCCUGGCAAAUCUGACCUGUGUGGGAGUUGCAGCUUGAGCGUUGGUUGCUCACUGAACAACUUCUGCAGGAAUUCUGAUUUGUCCCAUAUUUCUGGAUGUGCUGGGUGGGUAUAAAGCACUUGCUUGGAAGGAGCCUGGUCACUUUAAACAAGUGAGAAGUUUUGGUAACUUCUCACUUCUUCUUCAUUGCCUAAUUGCCUUGUAAAUAAAUUAUUGAAUUUACAAAUGAUUUUGUAUAAACCUGACUCCUCUUUAAGGAUUUUGUUUCUUAAUAAUAAAGUCUGUUCUCCACUGCUCUGUCA